GCAUGCAGAAAAACCUAUCUCACAUACACCAGAACUCACACAACCUAACCUAAAAUGCAGCUCAACUUUUUUCACUUCACGCUCUUCCUUUUUCUUUUGAUCGCUGCUGCUUCUUGUUCUAGGGAAAUGUCAAGGAAGAACGAGGAGACCCCAAGUAGCGGUAGCGGUUCGGCACACGGGCCGAACUGGGGAUAUAAUUGGGGGUGGAGUGCGACCCCGAGUGGGGGAUCGGGUUAUGGGUCGGGAUCCGGGAGGUCACCAACUGGAUUUGGUAGGGGGUACGGUUAUGGGUUUGGUUCUGGGGGAGGACAUGGCUCUGGGUCAGGCUAUGGGUCCGGGGGUGGUGGAGCUCAUGGCGGAGGCUAUGGGUCUGGGGGUGGCGGAGCUCAUGGUGGCAGCUAUGGGUCUGGGGGUGGUUAUGGAAGUUCGGGCGGUGGUGGUGGGGCUGGUGGCGGUGGAGGGACAAACAACCACGGCUGAUGAGAUAAUUGGCUGAGAGUUAGGGUUUCAUGAACCCCAGGCCAGUUUGAAGUGUGUACUAUAUGAUAAGCAUAUUAUGUAACUUGCCAGAGAUACAUGCAUAUAAGCUUUUAAUAAAUUUUACGCGACUUUGACAAA